CAAAGGAGUUUUCACCGUUGAGACAUAUGUAUGAAGUUCAGUUACGAAGUAUGUCGCAUUACCGUUCUUGUCCUUAAUUGCUUUUAACUUUAAACCAACAGUUUAAUAGUUUUAAAUAUUUGAUUUUUGAUUUAUUUUAACAAACAUGGGACAAAAAAAAGACACAUUGCUGAGAUGGGUCAACUGCUGUUCAGACACUACAACGUCCGUCGAGAGAAUAAAAAACUUGUCUGAUGGCUGGUUUUUUAUCCAUAUUCUAAGUUUUCUCAGAAGCCAUCCUACUGACGGAACUGAUCCCUGGCUUCAGACCAUAAAUAUUUUGAGAGAAUACAAGCUGCAGGAGAAUGUUGUUGAUUAUGAUGCUGCUGCAUCUGGAAAUGAGGAUGAACUUGCUAAGCUCAUUGUCAUCUGCAUGCAUCUUACAAUGGUACAGAAACCAUGUGAAGUAAUUAAAGAGAAAACAAUGUGGAACCUGUCAACAGAAGAUCAAAAAGUUAUUGAAGCUAUACUUCUUGCUAUUGUCAAUGAUGACCAGCUUACAAGAGGCAGGUUAAAUGAUGUACUGCAGGAUGUACAAGAAACCAGCUUCACAAAGCCUAUCACGUUUUACACAUCUUCACCACUUUCCUCAUUGUCUUCAAUGAAGAACUCACCAUUGAAACGAUUCCUUGAUUCUCCAAUGGCCCUUCGUUUAACACGACUUCAGAAGGAAAUCAGUGAUAAGAAUGAUGAAAUCCGUCGACUACAGUCUGAACUGCUAUCGGAAUCGGACGAAUCAUCUGCCCUUACAUUACGAAUGGAGGAUUUGAAACGAAAGGUGAAAGAUCUAGAAAAAAAGAACAGUGAUCUUGAACAGCGACUCCGUGACUGCCAAUUGCCAGACUCUUCCGGUCCUGACACCGACGUUAAAAUCACAAAUUUGAAAAAAAAACUUAAGAAAAUGCAAGAUGAGUACGAAUCUUCCUGCCAGAAGUAUUGUGACCUUAACAUAGAGUAUGAAGCGAUGAAAAUUCGACAAGAAAAAGAUCGCAAACAGAUCAGACAACUUCAAAUCGAUUUGAACGAGACUGUCGCUCGGUUUGAGCGCGAGUCGGCAGAAUAUCAACUCCUUUUAGAUUCUAUUCGUACAGAGAACGCUGAACUGAAGCAUUCGUUGGAAGAGAAGGCACAAUGGAUUGAUGUUCUUGAAGAGAAGAGCCGAACGUGUUCUGAGAUGCAUGCACGACUGAAUGCGCCGAGGUCUCCGUGCGAAAGGGAGAGCAUUGGAUAUAGCUUAUUGUCCAUUGAGGCGGAAAAACUGCAGGAUGAUUUGGAAUCUUACCGCAGAGAUUUUGCUCGUCAAUCGGACCAGUUUGAUUCCGAGAAAAGGAUAUUUCAACAGCGCACCGCUUCUCUUGAGGAAGAUAAACGUUGCCUCCAUCGCCAGGUUGAAGAAGCCAACCUCGAAAAUCAAUCCUUACACGUGCAGCUGGAUCAGGCCAAAUCAAGCCUGGAACAGCUGUCUCUAGGGUGUGACUCACUAAGUAAAGAAAAGGAAGAGCUUCGUCAUUCACUAGAUGGAUUGCAAGCGGAAUUUCGGAACGAAAUGAGCCGAGCUCAACAGCAGUUGGAGAUCCGUACCCAGAAAACGUUGGAAUUGAGUCAUCACAUCGAUUUGUUGAAUCAACAACUGGAUGAAACUCAACUCGCAAAACAAGCUUUCGAACAAUCCAUUCAAGAACUAACUGCAGAGAAAAUGCAGCUAGGACAGAAAAUGGCAGCGUUGGAGCAGAGUCAUCUCGACUUGCAGGCAACUAUGUCUGCGAAUGAAUCCAUAUUUCAGAAUAAAUUGGCUGAAGCGUCAAGCCAAUUAGAGAUGAGCCAACAACAAAUUGCUGACCAGUCCCAGACCAUAAAUGAUUUAGAAGAAAAGCUUCAAAGCCUUCACGUUAAAUUGGCAGUAACAUCAGAAACAGUUUUGGUUUUAGAAGCCGAAAAACAGCAAUUAAACCAGACUAAACUUGAUCUUGAACACCAAAAUUCGGAUUUGAAAUCUGCGUUCGAGGUUUCUAAACAAGAGUUUCAAUCCCGUUUGGAAAAAGCCAAUAAUGAGUUAGAAUUGGCUAACACCAAAAUCACCGAUUUCUGCGAAACCACUAAUUCCUUAAAAGCGCAAUUGGAGGCCGCUUUAGAAGCAAGAUUGCUUUCUGAAAGUCGCUCGUCGCAACUUGAAACCGACCUCAACAACUUAUACCAGGAGCGUGAUCAUCUGCAAUUGGAAGUCCAACAACUAUUGCAGGCAGCACAGGUUUCACGCGAGGAAUUCCAAACAGAAAAGGAUUGUCUGUUGGUGGAGCUGGAAUCCAAGAAGAACGAGAUCUCGGAACAGGCCAACCGCAUUCUGGCUACUGAGCAGAAACAUAACGAGGCAGCACAACGCAUCAACUAUUUGGAAUCAUCUGUUCGUUCACUUGAGCAAGAGACUGCAGAACUGAUAACUUCGAAGAGUUUUUUUGAUCAGCAAAUAUCCACACUCCAAGCCGCUAUUGACAACGGCAAGACUGCAUUGCAGACAGCCCUGGAUGAAGCCAAAGAGGAAAGAGAAAUUCGAGAGAACCUUAUUGCACAGCACAAGCAAACCAUUCAAUCCCUUCAAGUUCAUUUGGAGUCCUUGUCCCAAGAAAAGAAUGCUCUGGAAUCUCAAGUAGUCGGUCUUGGAGUGGAUAAAGAAAGCCUGUGUCAACAAUUGGCUUCACUGGAGAGUUCUAGAAAAGAGUUCCAAACAGCACAUGACAUCCUAAAAGCAGAAUUAGCAACUUUACAGGAUAAUUCUCGCCAAGAAAACGAAAUUCUUAAACAGCAAAUUGAAAAUAAAUGUGACGAAAUAACUGCCGCGGAGAAAAGGUUAGAGCAAGCUUUGCAAAAAGAAAUAGAACGUGAAGCGUGCAUUGAAGAGUUAAAUGGCGAGAAGACAAAACUAUGCUGCGAAAAUGACAUACUCAAAAAAGAAGUUUCUGAACUUGUCUCAACAAUCACUAUGGAGAAGGGUGUGCUGGAAUGUAACCUUAAAACCCUUAAAGAAGAGCUGGAGAUUAAUGCGAAGGCAAUGGACGAUUCUCAACAGAAAAUUCAACACUUGGAAUUAGAAUUAGCUGAGUUGGUAGCCAAUAAAUCGUCGCUGGAGUCUGAAGUAGAUAAAUUGUCUGCCGAAUGCUGCAAGGUGGCCAUUGAGCGCAUACAUCUAGAAAAUGAAAACCAACGUAUGGAUGGAUUUCAUAAACAACAAAUUCAAGAGUUCGAAACCCGCCUCUCCCAGCUAACUGAAGAAUGUACAAAGCGCGUUAAUCAAAUGGGCGAACAGCUUGAGGUGACCGAACAGCUUCAUCGUCGUGUUGAGGAAGUGAGCGCCGAAAAAGCCAAACUUGUUGAAGAAAAUGAUUUACUCAAAAUAGAAGUGUCUAACCUGACUUCAUGCAUCACCAAGGAGAAAACCAUGUUUGAAACUGAUUUGAAUGCUCUAAAGGAAGAGCUGGAAUCAAAUAUUAAGGUGAUGGAAGAAUCACAGCAAAAAAUUCAUCAUAUGGAGUCGGAGUUAACUGAAAUGAUUGCCCAAAAAUCGUCGUUAGAAUGUGAAGUGGAAGAGCUAUCUAAGAGAUACUCUCAAAUGACGGAGAAGUGGUCACAUUUAGAAGAAGAAAAACAACGCAUGGAGUUGCUACAUAAAGAACAGCUGGUGGCAUUCGAACAUCGUCUUUCUGAAUUAACUCAAGAGCACACUGAGCGUAUUAAGCAACUGGACGAGCGUCUUGAAACAGCCGAAGUGCUCAACCAUAAACUAAAGGAAGACUGUACAAAAUUGGAAAAUGAACGUGAAGCAUUACACUUAGAGAAAUCUGGAUUUGAGCAAAUGUAUUUAGAAACCAAAGCAGCUUGCGAAGAGUCUGAAACAAAGGUACAGUUGGAAGGCGAAUUGGCCAGAAAAGAUGUAGAAUUCAAGGAACAAAAACUGUUUGAACAAUCAAAUGCUUUAACCGAAUUGGAACUCGUGAUUAGUAAUCUUCGCCAGGAAAAGGAAACUGCAGAAUCCAACUACGUGCGACGAAUUCAAAUAUUGGAAAAUGAAAAACAAGAAUUACUCGAGACGCAAAGUCGGAACGAAGAACGAAACGCGUCUUUGCUUGCCUCAUUUGAAGCAUCUCGGCAUGAGCUAGAACAAAAACUCACUGAUGCCAACCUCAAACUAAAGGAGCACGUUGAGCUGCUGCAACAAUCUCACCUUUCCCGAGAACAAACAGAAAGGCAAAUGGAAAUCCUUACAGUGAAAGUUUGUAAGUUGGAGUCCGAUUUAAAAGUAACAGUUGAAGAAAAGGGUCACCUAACGAAUGAAAUGGCCGUUUUGCAAGCUGUCCAAGGUGAAAUGAGAAACCUCGAAGUGGCAAUGGAGCAGCUCACUUCAGAAAUCCAGGAAUUAUCUUGCAAAAAAGCUAACUUGGAAAGGGUUCGAGAGGUUUUGGAGAUCGAAAAAGCAAAUGCUGAAGAGGAGGCUAAUCGCUUGCUUCAAGAUCUGGAGUCCAAGGAAAUUCAAAUAGGACUACUCGCUGAAAAGGUUGAGUACACAGAAUCACACCUGAAACAAAGUCAGACGGAACAACAGUCGCUUAAGGCUCGCAUUUUUGAUUUGGAGUCCACAGUUUUGAAUUUGUCGACCAACGCAAGCGAAAAGUCACAGUCUGUUUUAACUCUUGAAAAACAGCUUUUGGAACGUGAAGCCACCAUAGAACGAUCAAUUAAUGAGCUAAAAGUAGAGAAGGAGCAGUCUGCCACAGCCCAAGUUGCUUUUUUCAAAGCCUUGUCAGACAUACAGAGUUCUAGCGACAGCAACCAGCGUGAAUUGGAAACAGCCGUCGCCAAUCUAAAGCGUGAAUUAGAUAUUGAAAAACAACGAUCUUCAGAGGACAAAAGUGCUUUUGCAGCCCUAGUUUUGGCGAAAAAGGAAGCAAGCGAGCUGGCGGAUUCUCUUCAGGUUAAACUAGCACAGAUGGAGGCUGAAGUAGAUAAACUUGUAAAGUCCGAAGCGCUAUUGAAGAAGGAGAAGGAAGAAAUGGCAGAUUCGGACAAUGUUCGCCAUGAAAAUGAAAAGCUGGAGAUGGAACAACAAAUAUCUCAAUUAACGCUUCAAGUUGAAACAUUUUCUAAGUCGUGUGUUGGUUUGGAAACUGAAUGCAUCCGCCUAAAAGCGGAUCAGUUACUUGUGACACAAGAAAAACAACGUAUUGAAGAAAAGUCCCGUGAAGUUGAAGCCAAUCUCCGAUCGACAGUGACCGAGUUAGAAUCGCAGCUGAAGACCAUGGAAGCAGAACUUCAGUCUAAAGUGGCUCAAGUGACGGAACUCUCAGGCUCGGUUGAUACUAUCAGUUUGCAGAUUGAGGCCAGUGCUCAAGAGAAGGAGAUCCUUGAACGAAAUUUUUCUGCUAAAAUUUCAACUCUUUCAACUGAAAACGAAAUGUUGGUGAAAAAGACCAAUGCGUUUGAAACCGAAAUUCAAGGACUUCAGAGUGAACUUGCCUUAGAAAAGACGAAAACAUCGCAGGGUAAGGGAGAUAUUGCCCUAGAACACCGCAAAGAAAAGGCUGCAUUGGAAGCUCGCCUUUCGGUGGCUCAGUCACAAAUGAAAGCGAUGCAAGAGAAGCUCGUCAAUCUGACUGUCGCUAAUAAUUCGCAAGCACCCCUUGAACAUAAAGUCAGCAUAUUGACAAACGAGCUAGAAGCUGCAAACAAAGCGAAGAUUGAGCUGGAAAAGCGUCUUGAUGACUCGUUGGUGCGGGCCAACCAGGAACUGCAUUCCAUUAAAAAGGAAGAGCUUGACAGCAACCAUACGAGCAAGUCCUCCUCUCAGGACCUGGAUGCCGAAAUUGCUCUACUACGCAGAAAGUAUGACAACGCCAAGAAACAGCUCAAUUACAAAGACGAUGUCGUUAACCAAUACGCAGUUAAGUUCGAAAAAAUGCAAAAUCAGUUGGAUAAACUUGAGGAAGAAGUUGCUUCCUUAAACAUGGAAAAGAAAAAACUAGCUCACGAGAACCGCAGCCUUAAAACUGAGCAAAAUUACUUGUUGGCGCAAAUCUCCUCCGAAAAGGACAAAGCUAAUGCACGCAACACAAGACACUCCUUGGCACUGCAACGAGGCAACACUGCGUCCGAGGGCGGAACAUUGGCUGAUGCCAUGAUUGACGCCCGCCGUCGCUCCCUGCGUCCUUCACGUAGCGAUGUUGUGACGACCGGCAGAGAACGACAAGCAGUUACCGAAGUUUUCAGAGCUCCUCAGUUGGCGUUCGGUGACGGAUCUGAUGCCAAUAGCAUUUUUAAAAUCCCUCCCAGUCGUCGCGACUCGACCAGCAGCGUUUGCAGCAAUCGCAGUGACAUUUCUAUUACAUCACGUGGCACCAAUGUUCCACAUGGGGCAGGCCGUCUUUUUACUUGUGACGAUGAAGACGGUGAACUCUUCAGCAGCUCGUACCUGAACGAAAUGAAGGAAGGAAAGUGUCGCGUCGAAGAUUCUAGUACUCGGGUCAGCGAGCUUCUUAGACGAAAUACCAUGCAACCGCCACAUAUGCGUUCAGCUUACCCUGCUGAAAUGAAUGACGAACGUCUUCGGCAAAGUGACUUAACCAUAUUUGAACAGCCAUUGGCAAGCUCUAGCAGGGCAGGCAAUCAUCACGACACUGUACAACACCUAUCUUUAGCAACGUCGAUGCUAAGUAUGAAUACACCUCCCGCUAUGAACACCCGUAAACGUCGCUCCAGCUCUUGGAACCCAACGGACAUGGAGACGCCAGUUAUGCAGCCCCGAAAACGACGAUCAUAUGAGCUAGAAGCAGAUCUUUCCACGGAUUCAAACGACACUCGUAGUAUCUCAAGCAGUGCCGAACGUAAGAAGCAUCGUGAUGCAAGUCUUACUUCUUACACGCGCCCGGGGCCUCCGACGCCAGCAAGAAAUGCUGUCAAAGAGAACAUUUCUACUCCAUCGAUGGCUUCCUCCCCAUCUAAGUCAACGUCUAGACAAUCGGCAAAGGUAGGCUCGAAAAGAACCAGUCCCACUCCGGGUGCCAAAGGCUCAAAGUUGACUCCAGUCGGCUCGUUGGUGAGAAAAGUACAAGCAAAACUCCGCAGCAAUAUUCAGUCUUCUAGCGAGCAGAACACUCCUAGCUCUACGCGCACAACGCCUCGUGGAUCGAAACUAAACAUAUUCCGGAAACCUCUUGGAAGUCGAAGCUACAAUUCGGACGCUAAGUUUUAACUUUCUUGAGUUUUGUAUCUUUUUCUUUUUUUCUUUUUGAAUUUUUUAGACCUUGAUUCGUAAAAGUUUUAAUAUUAUAUAUCUUUUUUAGUUCAUAUCGUAGCUGUUAGUUCCAUUCUUGAUACAAAACUUUGAAUAUUCCCUCGGAAUCCUUAUUUCUGUGUUUAGGCUUCACUGACUAACCCUAGCCUUUACAUCUUUUUGUCCAAAUUCCUCUAUGCUUUCCCAUUUAGCUAAUUGGUUUAUUAGGAUUUAAAAACUUGAUUUUGUACGUACUAAGAGAUAUCUUACGAAAAAAAUAAUACUACGUUUGAAUAAUUA